UUUCAUAAACCUGGCUGUGACAACGACGCCACCUCUUAGCCAUAACAAAGUUCUUGAAGGCUGUGAUAAGUUUCCGGUGGCCGGUCCUUUUCUUCCUGUAUUAGGGUUAUGGCGAUUUGUGCUCGUGGCGCUGCGGGAUAUUAUUAAAUUGAAAUGAAGUUGAACGUAGCCUUCCCCGCCACCGGGGCUCAGAAGCUUUUCGAAGUUGUGGACGAGCACAAACUUCGCAUCUUCUAUGAAAAGCGCAUGGGAGCUGAAGUUGAAGCCGACCUCCUUGGAGAUGAGUGGAAAGGUUAUGUUGUCCGCAUCACCGGAGGAAAUGACAAGCAAGGUUUCCCCAUGAAGCAGGGUAUCCUCUCUAAUGUCCGUGUGCGACUUCUGUUGUCCAAGGGUCAUUCAUGCUACCGUCCCCGCCGUGACGGUGAGAGGAAAAGGAAGUCUGUCCGUGGAUGUAUUGUAGACUCCAAUCUUAGUGUUCUGUCCCUUGUUGUUGUACGCAAAGGAGAGCAGGAAAUUCCCGGCUUGACAGAUAAAUCUAUCCCUCGUCGUCUUGGACCCAAGAGGGCCAGCAAGAUCCGCAAGCUUUUCAACUUGACCAAGCUUGAUGAUGUCCGACAGUAUGUCAUUAAGAGACCUCUGCCCCAGAAGGAAGGCAAGAAACAGCGGUUCAAGGCCCCCAAGAUUCAGCGUCUUAUUACCCCUCUUGCUCUCCAGCGCAAGAGACACAUGCUGGCUCUGAAGAAGAAGCGUUGCCUGAAGCGUAAGGAACAGGCUGCAGACUACGCUAAAUUGCUGGCUCAACGUCAGAAGGAAGCCAAGGUCCGCCGCCAGGAAGAGAUCAAGAGGAGGAGGUCUGCUUCUAUGAGGGAUUCUAAAUCAUCAAACCAGAGUGUACCAGUUGCCACCCGCAAGUGAUUCCUCAUACAUUAAUAUAAAGCUAAAAAAAUAAA